AUAAGGGGGACUUUUGGUUUUGGGGGUGGGGGGUGGGGAGAAGGCAGUCACAGACAGAUGGCUUGUUGUAGCAAAGCUCUUCUUUCUUCUUCCUUUCGUCCCUUCGUUUCCUUUUUCUCGAACUCUUCUGCUUCCCUUCGAAACGAUUCAGUUUCCUUUGCUUACGGUAGCUCCCAUGGUGCUAAACUCAAUCACUCCUCCACAUACCCUUUAACAAACAAGAAGGAAACACAAAUAACACCAUUUUUGCCUUCUUUCUCAUCCUCGAAGUCCAUUUGCAGAGCUGCUGAGUACAAAUUCCCGGACCCAAUUCCCGAAUUCGCUGAUGCUGUAAUUUCCCUUAAUUGCUAUUAUAUUUGUUUUUGUCUUAUGAAAAUUUUUGAUUUUGUUGGUUGGGUUUUGUUUUCCUACUUGAUUGUGGAAUUCAUGAGACGGGGAAGUUUAGGAACCAUCUGCUAAAGAAACUCUCCAAGAAGGAUAUGUUUGGGGAUUCACUGGAAGAAGUUGUAGGAAUCUGCACUGAGAUAUUGAGUACUUUCUUACAUACUGAAUAUGGUGGCCCUGGAACACUCCUGGUCAUACUCAUUGACAUGGCUGAUACCCUUAAUGAGAAGGGAUUGCCUGGCGGACCACAAGCCGCACGAGCAGCUGUCAAAUGGGCUCAGGAUCAUGUCGAUAAGGACUGGAAAGAAUGGACUGGUUCCACCUAAAACAAAAGCUCCCUUAUACUAGUUAGUUCAGGGCCUUCAGGCAUUAAAAAGAUUGAACCCUUGCAGUGCAUCCCUGUGAAACUGACAGGCAAUACUGUUUAGUGUGAAGAUGAUGAGUCAAAAAUGAAGCUUGUGCAAUUUUUGUUGAAGUUGUUGUGUACCUUACAAGAGAAGAAGAGCCCUUUUUUUUAAGAGUUCCUGGAUUUGGAAUUGUUAUAUUUCAAUCUUUUUGGAAUGGUCAUUAUAGCAGCAUUAUUCAGUC